AGUUUCACGUUUGGUUCAAAUGAUUUGCAAAAGCUUUGAGCUUAGCGGCCGCUCCACUGAUGUUAUCGGCAACAGGUGCCUUGGCGUCGGUGAUUUUGUGGCUCACAACUGCGGCCGAGGAGGUGAAGACACUGACAGCAGCGAAUUUUGAUCAGCACCUCCAGGACACCAAGUUUGUGCUAGCAGAGUUCUAUGCACCUUGGUGUGGACAUUGUAAAAAGCUGGCGCCCGAAUACGAAAAAGCUGCAGCGGCCUUGAAGAAUGACGGAGUCUCCUUGGCCAAAGUGGACGCCACCGAGGAGAAAGACUUGGCCAAGAGAUUCGAAGUGAAGGGGUUCCCCACCCUGAUUUGGUUCGAGAACCAGAAGAGAGGCGAAUACACCGGAGGUCGCACGACUCAAACCAUCGUUGAUUGGGUGAGAUCGAUGACAGGGCCAGCUGUCAUAGAAACCAGCAGCCCCGACCCUCCAGCAGAUAAACCAUACUUGGUUUUGAAGGACAGUACCUUGCACGCUGUUUACGAACAGGUGGCCAAAGACAACCGCAGGAAAGCCACCUUCUAUUACCAGAAGACGAAUGGCCCGACAGUGCUUGUCCUGACGCAUUCCGGAGAAGAAACUAUCAAAUACACUGGCAGCAUGGAAAAUGCCAGCUUGAGCAAUUUUCUUUUUGACAACGCUAUGCCACUUUUUGGAGAGCUCAAUGGCGACACCUUUGACCGCUACUUAGAGGCAGGCAAAGGUUUAGUAUGGGCCCUCUUCCCGAUGAAGGCUGACUCCAACAUGGCAGACAUUCAGAAGGCGAACCGACCCAUGAUGCUAGAAGUUGCCAAGAAACUUCGUGGGAAAUAUUUUGUGACCUACACCGACACGGAAAAAUUUAAGGAUGCCGUAGACAGCAUGUUGGGAGUGUCACAAUUUCCAGCGAUCGCAGUCCAGAAGAAGUCCGGAGACAAAAAGAAAUAUGUGUACACUGGAGAAAUGACCGCCGACAAGAUCCAUGGUUUUAUCUCAGAUGUGGAUGCGGGGAAGGUGGCACCAUCCUUCAAGUCUCAGCCAGAACCCACUGGCACGGAGGAUGUGAAAGUGGUGGUUGCCAACACUUUGAAGAAGGAGGUCUUCCAGAAGGAUCGCGAUGUCUUGUUGGAGGUUUACGCACCAUGGUGCGGACACUGCAAGAAAUUGGAACCGGAAUACACCAAGCUUGCGAAGAAGAUACGAAAAGAAGAACUAGGCCCAACUGGGGCCCAAUGCCUGAUCCAAGUUUUGCAGUUGAUGCAAUGGGGGGUGCAGUCUUAG